GAUUCAGCGGACAGCCGUGAUCCAGCGGACAAGGGCCCAGCAGCGCUCUGGAUCGUAGUCAAAGGCCCGCCUGCGCCACACCAAGCAGCGAUCGAGCCUGGCGCAUGCAGGCAAAAGACGUCGCCGACUUCUCGUGCUGAGAAGACCGUAUCGCUGUCCGCAACCGCGCAAUCGCACGCCCUCGUUCUGCCCGCUGCCGUCAUGGCCAAGGAUCCUCUGGACACGGCGAGGCAGCUCGUCAAGAUAGUUGUGCGCAUGUUCUACGAGACGGAGCACAUUGUCCUCAUGGACGCCCUCUGCUACCACGGCGCCCUGCACGUGUCCGACAUGGUCCAGAUCCUCGACGCCGGCAAGAACUCGAAAUAUGUCGGUAAGCUGAUCGGCAGGCUGAAGGAAGCUGGCUUGUGCACAACCUACACCGAGCAGGUCAAGCGUGACGGUGCGACGAAGCUCUCCAAUCGCGAGUGGUACUACAUCGACUACCGGCGUGCCAUCGACUCGACCAAGUACCGCAUCCACAAGAUGCACGAGCGCAUCAACAAGGACGCCAAGCCUACAACAGAGAAGGCCGAGCUGUCAUGCAAGCGCUGCAAGUCGCAGUACACCAUGAUGGACGUGCUGGACAACCCCGACCCGCAGGCUCGUGCAUCGGGCUUCUUGUGCAUGAAAUGCAACUUUCCUCUGGACGAGAUUGACGAGGGAAACCAGCAUGACGCCGACGACACUCCGGCCAGGUUCAACAAGCAGUUCAAGCCGCUGCUGGACAUGAUGAAGGUCAUUGACGAGCUGAAGAUACCGCUGAUUGAAGGCAAGGACGCCGUUGACACCAAGAUCGAUCUGCCCCGCAACAAGCUCAUCGAUCCGGGCACAAAACUGGAGGUUGUCGAUACAAAUUACACCAGACCCACCGCCGUCAAGGGUCUUGCCGCAGAACGCGAGAAGAUCAACGUCCAGAUCGCAUCGACUGCUGAGGAGAACGAGAAGCAGGCAGCUGCAGACCGAGCCCGCCAGGAGAAGAUUGCAGCACAGAACCAGCUGCCGUCAUGGCAUACUGAGUCCACCGUCAUCAAGGAUGCUGGCGGAGCGGCUGCGGGUAUGAAGCGAGAGAGCAACGGCACAGGCGGUCCAACUAUCAAAACCGAACACGCCGAUGGCAUCACCACCACGCAGAACCUAGACGACGUCUUUGCUCAGAUCGAGGCCGAGCGCCGCAAGAAGGAGGAGGAGGAGGAAGAAGAAGAGGACGACGAAGACGAAGACGACGACGAGUUCGAAGACGUGGCUGUUGGCACUCCGGGUGAGCUCCCUGAUGCCAAGCGGGCCAAGGUUGAGUCGUCCGCCGCACCGACGCCGUCCAAUGUUGCGACUCCUGCCUCGGGCAACGGUGCCGAGGAGAGCGAGGAAGAUGAGUUUGAGGAUGUAUGAUUAUCUAUGCAUAGCGUUGGCGUCAUGGUUUGAGGUGAUGUAGAGGAUCGUUGCAUCGUG